CCAAACUGAUAGAAUAAGUUGAUUGGCACAGGUGUAGAAUGAUAGAAUGUGUACUUGAGAGAAUUAUUUACUGUGAAAUACUCAAGUUCUGGUAGUGGCUGGUACUGUAGGGAUGAGGUCAGAGUGUUGCAAAAGAAAGUAUGGUUAAAGUCUAAUAUUUACUCGCGACUGUAUUUUUAAAAAGAAACAAGUGCCAACUGUGCUUUGGAAGGCAGGAUUACAACAGAGGAUGCAUCAAAGGUGCGGCACGGUGGCUCAGUGGUUAGCACUGCUGCCUCACAGCGCCAGGGACCCGGGUUCAAUUCCACCCUCGGGCGACUGUCUGUAUGGAGUUUGCACGUUCUCCCCAUGUUUGCGUGGGUUUCCUCCAGGUACUCUGGUUUCCUCCCACCGUCCAAAGAUGUGCAGGCUAGGUGGAUUGGCCAUGCUAAAUUGCCCAUAGUGUUCGGGGAGGUGCAGAUUAGGUGGGUUUCUAUGGGGAUGGGUCUGGGUAGGAUGCUUUGAGGGUUGGUGUGGACUUGUUGGGCCGAAGGGCCUGUUUCCAGACUGUAGGGAUUCUAUGAUUCUAUGUAUCCUCCAUUGCCCCUUCUUUUAUUCCUAUGAUGUGCACUUAAUUCCAAAUUUACUUUGGAACCGUUUAUUGAUUUUUUUUUUUUUUUUGCUGCGUUCUGAGUCGGGGCAUCAGGCCUGAAAGGAUAGCUGUCUGCUCUUUGUCUAACAGGCUUCAUUGUAAUCUUUUUCCCAUUUGCAUUGGUGAUGCUUGAAAGAAGAUUUGUGUAUCUAAGUGCACUGUGUAAUGCUACGCAGAUGAGAUGUGUCCCAAGCUCAGUCUGUGUUUGCUGUUUUUCGUUCGACCUGCAGUUGGCCUGAACUGCUUGGAUGAUGUCACAAUCUUGGUGUUCAUGCAUGAGGUUGCUGACGUGCAAUUUCUGUGUAUUUGUGGAUGUUGCAUCUGCUUAGAUCGCACUAAUGGCCUUAGCCUAAAAACUGGCUGAGUUUACACUGGGUUUACAUUCUGGAAGCUCCUGCUCUGUCUGCUUGGGUACCAUAUUGGCCUUAAUGAUAAAUCGAAGUAUUUGAGGGAGCACUGAAUUGUAUCUCAAGAUAAUUUCAAGUUGAUAAAAUGGAGAAUUCUGUGAACAUGGGAGUGGAAGAAGGGGUCGUUUCACUGAUCUAUUUCUCCAGGAACUCAAGCUCAUGGGUUGUAGGGUCAAAAAUUCAAAUCCCAGCAGACCAGCUCAUGAGAAUUUAAUGCAAAACCAGCAAAAUUGGAGUUGAAAGGUAGACUUAAUCAUCUCAUGAAGACUAUUUCUGUCAUUGAGUCAUAAAGACCCAACUGGCUUACUCGUGCCUUGACUGGUCUGCAUCAUGUGUGAUCCACAUGUGCUUGACUUUAAGGCCAGUUAGGGCAAAAAGCUUGUCGGUGACUGCUGCAUGUGCUGAGAGAGCAAAUAAUUUCACGAGGUGGGAGAAAGUUGGUUCAGUUUGAAACGACUGUCUGCAAUUUGCCUGCAAACUGGGCAGGUUGCUUUCUCGAAGGAGCCAAAGAAAAUAACAGAUGUUUGUUUUAAUUGUGUGCAACACAAAAAGAUUGAGGUUGGGCAGGGCCUACUGCUUUUAUGGAGUGUUCGGAUAAUAAAGUAGUGUCUGUUCUUGAUCAUUACAAUUUGAAAAAUAUUAACUUAUGCCCAAGAUCCUGACUGCCUCACUGGCUGAACUAUGUCCAAAGCAUGUUGCUCUGUUGUAGAAGACAAAAUAACAAGUGAAAUCCAUGUUAAUCUAUUUUUCUGCUUUUUCUUUGUUCUCUACUUUGAAAAUGCUCAUGGCUCCGUUGAGUGUGUUUUAACAGGUGGAGGUGUGUUUCUGACUGAAAAUUCUUAUCCCUAAUUGUUGGGCGUCGAGUCAAGUGAGGCAACAGCAAAAUUGAAUCUGGCUCUUUGUCCAUGCCAAGGUCGAAGAAGGUGUCACUAAAAAGACAAGGUGAUGAUCCUGGCUGAUAUUAUUUCCACGGUAGAAUUCAACCACUCUGGAGAACUACUCGCAACUGGGGACAAGGGGGGUAGAGUUGUCAUAUUCCAGCAGGAGCAAGAGAACAAAAGUCAGCCUCAUUGCAGAGGUGAAUAUAAUGUUUACAGUACGUUUCAGAGCCAUGAGCCUGAGUUCGACUAUUUGAAAAGUUUAGAAAUUGAGGAAAAGAUCAAUAAAAUAAGAUGGUUACCCCAACAAAAUGCUGCACAGUUCCUGCUCUCGACAAAUGACAAAACAAUAAAGUUGUGGAAAAUUAGUGAAAGAGACAAACGGCCAGAGGGUUAUAACUUGAAAGAAGAGGAUGGUAGAUACAGGGACCCUGCCACAGUCACUACACUUAAGGUUCCCGUAUUCAAACCAAUGGAUUUAAUGGUUGAAGCAAGCCCGCGAAGGAUAUUUGCUAAUGCACAUACAUACCACAUAAACUCUAUUUCAGUCAAUAGUGACUAUGAAACUUACUUAUCAGCGGAUGACCUUAGGAUUAACCUGUGGCAUUUAGAAAUCACAGACAGAAGUUUUAAUAUUGUAGAUAUCAAGCCUGCCAACAUGGAGGAGCUGACUGAGGUGAUUACAGCAGCGGAGUUCCACCCUAAUCAGUGCAACACAUUUGUAUACAGCAGUAGCAAAGGAACCAUUCGACUGUGUGACAUGCGAGCAGCUGCCUUGUGUGACAAGCAUGCCAAAUUGUUUGAAGAACCUGAAGAUCCCAGUAACAGGUCCUUUUUCUCAGAAAUAAUUUCUUCAAUAUCAGAUGUCAAAUUCAGUCACAGUGGUCGCUACAUGAUGACACGAGAUUACCUAUCAGUUAAAAUCUGGGAUUUAAAUAUGGAAAGCAGACCUGUGGAGACAUACCAGGUGCACGAAUACCUCCGAAGCAAACUCUGCUCGCUAUAUGAAAACGACUGUAUUUUUGACAAGUUCGAAUGUUGUUGGAAUGGUUGUGAUAGUGUUGUCAUGACUGGGUCGUACAACAAUUUCUUCAGAAUGUUCGACAGAAACACAAAACGGGACAUUACGCUAGAGGCCUCCAGAGAGAACAGCAAACCACGGGCCAUCCUGAAGCCACGCAGGGUGUGCUCAGGAGGCAAGAGGAAGAAGGACGAGAUUAGUGUUGACAGUCUGGACUUCAACAAGAAGAUCCUGCACACAGCCUGGCAUCCUAAGGAGAACAUCAUUGCUGUAGCCACAACCAACAAUCUGUAUAUAUUCCAGGACAAAGUGAAUUAAAACCAGUGCAGUGAAGCAAGAAUCCGAUUCCUGCUUAGUUAAGAUAGCGUAGCCUUUAUAUCUUGUAAGAGAGAGGCCCAAACUGGCCCCCUCCCCCCUCCUCUCUUGAAUCAGUGCCAUUUGUAACGCACACCAGUCACGUUAUCCACGUUUCUUUUGCUCCUGACCCCCACCCCACCCAAAAUUCAGGCCAUGUUUGCUAGUCAUUUGGCAUGGAGGGAGGUUGUCUCUUCGUUACAAAUUAUGGGCCACUACAUAAGCAUUUUACUGCAUCAGACCUUCAUUUAAUCCACUCCUUUGCCUUCCAUUGUGGUGAGGUCUUGAAGAAGAAGUCCUUCAGUCAUGAUAUGGCAAUGUUUUACUGUGUACCCUGAUUAUUGUAAUGUUCUCUUUCCCCCCUGCCCCCGCUCCUCUUUUUAUCGACAGACAGCUUGUUGUUAACGCUUGUGACAUUCCUCCUCUGACCUCACAGAUUCCUCCUGGCCCUGUUGGAGUGUAAAGGACAUGAGCAGGUCACAAUUGGGUCAUUGAGUCAGGUGGUUAUUGUUGCAUACGGAUGUUUUAACAACCAACUGUAAUUUUGCUGCCCUUGCCAUUUCUGGCACAAGAGAAACCUACUGAAUAAAAAUGAUAAAAAAAAAAAAUAGCUCCUUUAUUUGGUGCUUUUUCUUAAUUGAAAUGACGUGUAAACUGUUAAACCCAUGUACUAUUAUUUUAAAUGAAUGCAUUAAAGAAUGUGUCUAACACCGGUAAGUUUUACUGAUGUUUGUGCUGGAAUCUGAACCUUAAGUAUUUUUUACUCGGUGUUAAUAAACUUGUGCAUUUUCAAUGGG